AGUCCCGGGGCUGCAGGGAGCGCAGCGCGCGCGGCCCGGGCCCCGGCCACCGGACGCCCUACCGGACACGACCCUCCCUGGAGCUUGGACAACUGCCCACCUCGGACGCUGCACCGGACACUGCCCCCCCACAGGGCUGGACACUCCAACGGACACUACUUCCCAGCUCCGGACAUUGCUCCCUCCUCUCCCGGGGCCCUGGACGCUUUUCCCCCUCCCCCCUCCGGGGGCCCAGACACUGAGCCCCCCUCAGCGUCUGGCUAGCGUCCCCUUGCACCCCAGCCCAGGACACUGCCUCCUCCCUGUCCUCUUCUCCCUUCUGCUCCUCCCACCUCAUCUUUCCCCUGCUCGGGUCGGAGCCCCGCCAGUUCCUCCGACCCCCUGCUGCUCGGCCGCGGCUGCCCGCGCCCCCAUCCCCAGCUCCUCGCCCGGAUGCCUCUCCCCGGGGGACUAUGGUGGCUUCUCUGCUGCCGUCGAGGCUUCACUCUUCUGCACCGGGACUACGGGGACGGCGAGCUUAGCGGGGACGGGGACGAGGACGAGGACGAAGAAACCUUUGAGCUGCGGACCCCGAGUCCAGCGGGCGGCGGGAGGGGAGGCAGUGUGGAAGAAGGGAAAAUGAGGAGGAGAGGGUGCCUUGGAGCCUGGCAGAACGAGCUCACCUCUCCUGUUUCAAAGAUGGGGAAACUAAGGCCCGGAGACGGGAAGAGACUUGCCCAAGGUUCCACAGGUCCCCUGGAAGUGACGCUGACUCAGCCAGUGAGGAGCGGGCCUGUCUCCAACAGGCUGCAGAGCUGGGAGGAGACUUGGAGCCUCAUCCCGGAGAAAGGGCUGCCGGAGGACGACCCGGACAUCGUUGUGAAAGGUUGGCUGUACCGGGAGCCCCGCGGAGGAGGGGCGCGGCCCUGGCUGCCCCCGCGCCGAGCCUGGUUUGUGCUCACGCGGGACUCCCUGGAUCAGUUCAGCAGCAGCGGGAAAGGGGCGCGGCGUCUCGGGAGCCUCGUGCUCACCAGCCUGUGCUCGGUGACCGGCCCAGAGCGCAGGCGUAAGGAGACAGGUCUGUGGUCAGUGACUGUGUCUGGUCGGAAACACAGUGUCCGCCUCUGCUCCCCACGCCAGGCAGAGGCUGAGCGCUGGGGGGUGGCAUUGCGGGAAGUGAUCGCCUCCAAGGCACCCCUGGAGACCCCCACCCAGCUACUGCUCAGGGACAUACAGGAAAGUUGCGGGGACCCAGAGGCCGUUGCCCUCAUUUACCUGAGGAACCCGAUUCUGAGACACACUAGUGGAGCCUUGUAUGCCCCACUCCUGCCCCUGCCCUAUGGAGUCAGCGCCCCAGGUCCGGGCUAUGCACCCCUGCGCGAGGAGGCGGUGCGGCUGUUCUUGGCGCUGCAGGCGCUGGAGGGGGCGCGGCGCCCCGGGCCCUUGAUGCAGGGUGUGCUCCAAACCUGCCGGGACUUGCCCGCGCUCCGGGAUGAACUCUUCCUGCAGCUGGCUAAGCAGACCUCGGGCCCUGCAGGUCCCCCCGGGCUCCCGGCUACCCAAGACCCUGCGGCCCUGCGGUACUGGCAACUCCUCACCUGCAUGAGCUGCACCUUCCGACCUGGGGGAGCUGUGCGGGGGCACCUCCUGGGGCACUUGGAGAGGACCGAGCAGGCACUCCCGGACUCGGAACUGGCGGAAUAUGCGCGCUUCAUCCGGAAAGCGCUGGGCCGGACGCGCGGCAGAGAGCUGGUGCCCUCGCUGGCGGAGAUUUCCGCGUUGAGCCAACGGCAGGAGCUGCUGUGUACCGUGCACUGUCCGGGGGCUGGUGCCUGUGCUGUGGCCAUCGACUCCCACACCACGGCGGGGGAGGUGGCUCGAGAGCUGGUGGGGCGGCUGGGCUUGGCCCGGAGCCGCAACGCAUUCGCGCUGUACGAGCAGCGAGGGGCCCAGGAGCGAGCCCUGGCUGGGGGGACCCUCGUGGCCGACGUGCUCACCAGCUUGGCCGCGGAGGAAGCUGGGUUGGAGGACUCGCCCGACUCCGGGUGGAGACUAUGUCUGCGUCUUCACGGACCUCUGCACCCUGAGGGGCUGUCCCCAGACGGUCACGAACUGCCUUUCCUCUUUGAGCAGGCUCACGCUCUGCUGCUGCGGGGCCGGCCGCCCCCACCCGACGACACGCUGCGCGCCCUGGCGGCGCUGCGCCUGCAGAGCCUGCAUCGGGACUUCUCUCCGCGGGUGCCCCUGCCCCGCCUGGACCGCCUGCUCCCGCCCCCGGCCCCGCCGCGCGAAGACCCGCCCCGCCCGACCCCCAGGCCGCCCCCUUCCGCUGCCCUGCUGGCCGGGGCGCUCUGGAGCCCGGGCCUGGCCAAGAGGCGGGCGGAGCGGGCCCGGCGCGGCGGGGCCGGCCGCACUGCGGGAAGCAUUGCCCGCGAGGGAGGAGGCGGCGCCGGCACGGCAGCUGCCGUGCUGGGCGGCUGGAAGCGGCUACGGGGCAUGGGCCGAGCUGAGGCCAUGGCCGCCUACCUGGCCCUGGCGGCGCAGUGUCCGGGGUUCGGCGCUGCUCGGUAUGACGUUCUGGAGCUGAGCACGGAGCCUGGUGGGGGUGCUCCACAGAAGCUGUGCCUGGGCUUGGGAGCCAAGGCCAUGUCCCUCUCCCGGCCAGGGGAGACAGAGCCCAUCCACAGUGUCAGCUAUGGCCAUGUGGCCGCCUGCCAGCUAAUGGGCCCCCACACCCUGGCCUUGAGGGUGGGAGAGAGCCAGCUCCUCCUGCAGAGCCCCCAGGUGGAAGAGAUCAUGCAGCUGGUGAAUGCCUACUUGGCCAACCCCUCCCCCGAGAGGCCCUGCAGCAGCUCUUCUCCUCCAUGCCAAGACCUGCCAGACACCUCCCCUCCCAGCCAGCGCCCAGGCCUGGACGAGCCCCAGGGACAGUCUGGCUGCUUGGGGCAGCUGCAGGACUGAGCCUGCCAAGAGGUCACGACUUCCCUCCUGCCUGCAGCCUGGGCCAGGACUGCUCUGAGAUUUGAGGGAAACAUGGACCCUUUUGGCCCUGCAGGGACAGGGCACAUCCCACACCCAAGGGCUACAAUGGGUGUGGGUAAUUUUCUAGUUUGUUUCUUAAUUUAUUUGUAGAAGAGAAGAAAAAAAAAAAAGUUUCUUAUUUACACAAA